AUGAGAAACAGGGCCAGUACCUCCUUAUCUAAGGGGAAAAUCCGUCAAUCAUGGAGCAAAUAUAACCUGUAUAACCUGUCACGAUUCCGCACCCCAGCUACCGGGAACCGAACCUUCUUCCAGCAAAAAUGGACUGCCAAAGCCGUUUCUCGUGCUUACCACGGCGAGCAGGUCCGCGAGGGCCAGUGGAAGCGCAUGUUCUCGAAGCGCAUCCGCAGCGUCAUUCCCAUGAACACGGCCGAUCUGGCGGCCGACGACGGAUCGAAGGAGUCUGCUGGCCGUGGCUCUGGUCUGAAUGAAGGUAGUGGCAGGAGUCGAUCGUCUCGUCCCAUUCCUUAUACUCAGAUGGCGUUCGCUCCGCUGGAGCGUCGGUUGGAUGUUGCUAUCUUCCGAGCUUUGUUUGCCAGCAGCACGCGGCAAGCGAGGCAGUUUGUUAUCCACGGUGCAGUGACUGUCAAUGGACAGAAGAUGAGACAUCCCAGCUACCUGCUCAAUCCCGGUGAUCUCUUCCAAGUCGAGCCAGACCGCGUGAUGUACGCUACCGGUGCCCCGAAAACGGCCUUUGAGCGACGCGAGAGCCGCCAGCUCAAGCAGAAGAGUGCCGACGCGGAGGCUGAGGCCGAGACCAAGCCAGAGGCUACUGAGAAGGAUGAGAAGGAGAACGCUCGAGACUCCCUGCGGGCGUUGAUGUCCCAAGCCAAGACCAUCAUGUCAACGGAUAAGGAUGUUCUUCCCGCCAAGAAGAAGCAGGAGCUGCGCGGUUUCCAAAAGGCCGUGCGCCGAGUGCUGUCCCGCUCCGACACCAGCACUGUCCUGACCGACAGUCUGGAGGCGCAGUUCUCCGAGCUGACCCUGCUGCUCAAGGCCAAGCGGGCUGAGAAGAAGCCCGCCAAGGAGUCCAAGAAGGAGGCUAAGGAGGAGGAGACCUCUGCCGCUACCACGAAGUCAGAGGAAACUACCAGCGGCGCUCUCUCGGAAGCCUUCCAGGCUGCCGCCGAGGGCGGCAAAGUCGACACCUCCGAGCUUACGGACGAGGAAUUCGACAUUCUCAAGCGUGCUCUGACCCAGAUGCGCGAUAACCCCAUCGACCACUCCAAGCCCUACGCCACCCCUUGGCGUCCUCGCGAGUACAUGUCCGCCUUCGCCUUCAUCCCGCGCUAUCUCGAAGUGAACCAGAACAUCUGCGCAGCUGUUUACCUGCGACACCCCGUUGCGCGCCCCGGUUCCGCCGAGGUUCCCACCCCCUUCGGCGAGACGAUCAGCACACCCGCUUAUGGCUGGUACCUGAAGAGACGGUGGUAA